GUCAGGGUUACAAAAGUGUGAAAGCAAAAUUGGGAAUGAAAAGAGUCCGUCCAUGGAAGUGGAUGCAGUUUACGAAUCCAGCAAGAAAAGAUAAUGCUGUUUUAUAUCAUUGGCGCCGUGCUUGCGAUGAAGCCAAAGAAUAUCCAUUUGCUGUAUUUAAUAAGAAAAUAGAACUACUGUCUUACACCGAUGCAGAAUACAGUGAGCAUUUACUCUGUGAUGGUUGGACAAGGACAGAAACCGAUACAUUAUUUGAACUUUGUAGUAGAUUUGAUCUUAGAUGGCCUGUUAUACAUGAUCGCUGGCCUACACAUCUCACCCCACGUAGUAUAGAAGACUUGAAAGAACGCUACUAUGAUGUUACAAAUACUCUAAAAAAGAUAGCAAAUAUGAGUGGUCCUGAAGGUAAAAUUGUUAACUAUGAUGCUGAUCAUGAAAGGAGACGUAAACAGCAGCUAUUGAAGCUCUGGGACAGAACUCCUAAACAGAUUGAGGAAGAACAGCAUUUAAUAAGUGAAUUGAGGAAAAUUGAGGCACGUAAGAAGGAGAGAGAAAAGAAAACACAAGAUCUUCAGAAAUUGAUAAGUGCAGAUGCAGAUGCUCGAAAGACCACCAAAACAUCCAAGAAGAAAAUCCCUCAGGCAAAAAUUGCUAAGACAGAUUCAAUGCCACCAAAUAUGGAGAGCUGCACAGGUAUCAAAUUCCUGACCUUAAAACAAAACAGGUGAAGCUUACGAUCCCAGAGAAUGAAGUUACCAGCUAGUGUGGUCAGAAGAAAGUCAAAGCUAUUGAACAGCUUCUUGCUGUGAAAACUAAACUUUGAAACAAAUCCUAUGGCUGUGGAAGAAGUAUGUCAACACUUCAACGAUCUACGAUCAGAUUUAGUCUUAAUGUAUGACCUGAGAACUAUACUGUUGAAUUAUGUCUUUGAGCUGCAGACUUUAAAGCAUCAGUAUGAAAACUUGAUGCCAGAUAAGGUACUAGAAAUCCCAGAAUCUUUAACCAUCAACACAGAGAAUGAGUCUCCAAGUAGACCUCGAGCUAUAUCUGAAAUGAUUGAUGCAGUUGCCACUCCAGCUACCCCGAAUAGGAAAAGAAAAGCAGCCCUUGAACAAAGCAAUGUACUAAAGAAGAUCAAAGCAAGGACUUAAUUUAUUCACAGAAGUAUGCCUGUGUUUAGAGAUCACACAAUGGAUGGUUAUAGCCCUAAGGAAUGUAACACAACUUCAGAUUGAAUUUAUGGGAGUCAUAGACAAUUUUUUUGUUCUAUAAUCCUAAAGAAACUCAAAAUUAAUUACUUCGUUCAGUUUUUAAGUUUUUCUUAUCACCUUUAAUAAAUGGUUUUCAUAUUACCUAUGUUAUACUUGGUAUUUUCUGUAAAUCAGUGCAAUUAAAAGAUUUUUUUAAUCUGG